AUGUCUAAUACAAAAGGUGAAGAAAUAGAUCAAGCUCGUAAAUUGCAAAAUGAAAAUAAUAAAGAUAUUUCGACCAAAGGUAAUAGUAAAAACUCUGCUUCACCAACCAAAACUUCUAGCAGCGACCAAAAUACUGAAAACAUUAAAAGGUCUAUAGAUUUCCUUGCAAAAUUGUGUUUUCCUCAGAAAACUGGCGAAGAAAUCAAUUCUUCAGAAACCUCAAUAAAUCUACUAGAAUCAUUAGACGCAGCUCAACUUCUCACUAAAACUGAAGAAAUAACUUCCAACAGUCCAGAAAUAUUUCUACUAGAAAAUGAUCAAGAGGAAAAUCCUAUAGACGAAGAAAAUUAUCCAAUAACAGAAGAAGCAGAGUACCAAAACUACAAUGUCAAUGGCUUAACUCAAGAAGAUCCAUCUGAUCAAAAAGAAGAAGAUGGAUUUUAUUCUUUUAUUUCAAUCAGGGAUGAAAAUUCAAUGAGCAAUGAUGCUCUUGAUGUAAUAAUUUCAAAAUCAUUAGUUUUCCGUGAUGACUCACCUGAUUCUGCUGUAAAGCAGCAACCAAAUAGAGUGAAGCAUAACAAUCAUAUCAAAAAUAAUUUGGUCUCUCCUAAAUAUGCAAAUCGAAAACAAAAUCCUAAAAACACUCAGGCAAAAGAAAAAGAAGAAGAACCUCAAGCAACCAAGAAUAAAACUGUAAACGCUGCCGAAUCCAUAGAACAAUGUAUUAAAAUGGCGUUGUGAAUCAGCAUUUUCAACUCCUGCAGCUGAAAGGCUUAACAACACCAAAGACCCAGAAGGCGCUCGAUCAUAUGUAUUUUUUCGGUUUUGGCCAAAUGGCGGAUAGCGACAUUGGGCUGACACUAUCCUUUAGUUUGCAUCCAGAUUAGGGACUUAGAGUUGUAAAAGGUAAGCCCAGAAGUGUAAGGAUUUCUACCAAACAAUCACAGAAUUACUAGUGUGAUACUAGGCUUGCAUCCUGGGCUUCGAGUUUCAGAAUUUACUGAAGGCAGACUACAUUGACAAGCGGCAUCUUACUUAGUGGAGCAAGUGCAAACCUUGUCCUAAGGAUCAACACUAUGCAAGGCUACGAGACAAGUAUUCAAGCAGCCAAGCGUUAUGAAUUAGGAAAAGUAGUUCUAGGAUAGGGGGCUUUUCAAUAAGUAAUUAAUGAUAAUGCUAAUUCUGAAUCCAUGGGCAAUUGGACAGUCCUUAUAUAAUAAAGGCCAGGAAUUUUUAACAAACAGAGAAAGCAAGCUUGAAAAAAUUUUCUCUGACACCUAUUCCUUUAAGCCCACAAUCAACACAAAAUCAGCCAAAAUCCUUGGUGGAAUUCAAAAAGAUAAAAAUGAGCUUUACAGCGAUAAAAUCAAAAGACCCAAGCCUGCCCCUGAAGAAGAGCCCAAAGAAAAAAAGAAGUUAAAACUAAAGGAUUUUCUCGACCGAAAUUACGCAAAGCCCCUAGAGCAUGUCAAAGAAAAAAAAGUUGUUGUACCAAAGAAAGAAGAAAUAGACGAAGAAUGCACAUUUAACCCUAAAAUUGACGGAAAAUCAAAAACUAUAGGCAGUCAUAGGAAUCUUUAUGAGCUAGCAGCUGAAAAGAAAAAUAAAUUAGAACUGAAAAUGCAGGAAGCAAAGAUCCAGAAAGAAAAAGAAGAGCUGAAAGAGUGCACAUUUCAGCCAAUAACAUAUAAAGAUAUAGCAAAGCCUUCGCCAAAGAGCAAGCUGGUAGCUCACUCGUUUUUUGCAGAUCCAUCUCUGAAUACAAUUAGUUAA